AUGGGCCAUACCAAUGCGGCAAAAGUACAGGCAAUUUUUGAAACUGCUAGUAAAAAAGCCUUACUGAUUCCUUGUAUAAUUGAUGACUAUAACCAUUAUAUGGGUGGAGUAGAUAUAGCCAUCCAGCUUCGUGAAUAUUAUGGUAUGGAAAAAAAUAAUACAAACAAAGCAAAUACACGAAGUCAAGUUGAAGAGUUAGCUAAAAAUAUUGAUGCUGAUUUAUCAAGAAUACAGUAUAUAACAAAUAACUCUGAACUUUCUCUAAUAAAAUUAUCUUCGGAAGGGCAUUUACCUAAAUAG